CGGGGAUCAGGGGUUGGUUCUGCUCUACUUCAUCUGCAUCUGAUAUCAAGAUAUCUUCUAUAUCCAUAUCUACAUCUCUAUUCAUUAUACCAUGCUCGCCCGAACAGCACUGCGCUCUACCCUCCGCACACUCUCUCGUCCUUCUUCAUUUCCCCUCCGACCCUACUCCUCCUCCUCCCAGCCUGAACAGCAACCCCAGAACGACUACGAAAAGCUCAUCGCCUCUAAACUCCACGAUGCCUUCGAGCCAUCUCAACUCUCCGUUGAAGAUAUCUCUGGCGGCUGCGGUUCCAUGUUCGCUAUCGACAUCGUCUCGAAAUCCUUCAAAGGCAAGCCCAUGAUCAAACAGCACCGCAUGGUCAACGAAGUCCUCGCCGAAGACCUCAAGCAAUGGCACGGCGUCCGACUCACCACCAAGGCCGAGUAACCUCCUCCUCCUCCUCCUCCUUCUCCUUAAUCUCUCAUUCCUCUCCCCUCUCUUCCCAGCAUACCCCACCACCCCGCAUCUCUGCACAUCUACUACACUCCCCACCCCACUCUUUUCAACUACUAUAUAUGUACAUAUCUUACGACUACUAUGUAACCUUCCUAUUCGUGUUCUCAGUUCAUUUGCACCGCUUGGAGUUGGUUGUUGCAGUUAUUAGACUCUAUCUUGUAUUAAUAAUACACCCUAUCAUUCGCUACAGCUCAUUCACAAUCAGAUACUUGCUCGUCGCCCUGUCCUUUCUAUAUUUCACUACAAUCAUCCAUUUCCUUUCGCAAUUAGUAGAAACAACAAUGCUCUUAAAUCUCAGUACACAUGCGUAGACAAUAGUAAAGUCACAAAUAUCAGCAUCCAAAUGUCAUAGUGGGGCAACUCGGA